GGCGGAUCCUGCUGAAAGAAAAUCAUGCGCUCUAUGAUAAUAUGAUCCUACCUUUUGUAGCAUGAUAAAAGAACCUUUUCCUUUCUCUUCCUUCAUUUUCUUCCCACAUUUCAAUCCCUCGAGUCUCGUUUGUUCAGUGCUGCUAUCUAUAGCUAGUAAUUAACUACGGCCAGCGACGUGACUGAUCUGACUUCAGUCUAUCUCGUUUCACUACACUGAUCUCUCUUACUUUUAUUCCCUGACACAGACACCUUGUACGCCAACAUGGUAGCCCACGGCGACAUGAUGGGCAUGGAUAUGUCCAUGCCUACAGCAACAUCCACAGGAGCCAUGAGCUCCAGCACCGCCUCACACUCAAUGGACAUGGGCGGCAUGCACGGUGGCAACAGCUGCAAGAUCUCCAUGUUAUGGAACUGGACCGUCAAAGACGCCUGCUUCCUCUCCAAACAAUGGCACAUCACCUCCAACGGCAUGUUCGCUGGCUCUUGCAUAGGCGUCAUCCUGCUAGUAAUCAGUCUCGAAUUCCUCCGCCGCGUCGGCCGCGAAUACGACGCCUUCAUCCUCCGACGAGCCCGUCUCAGAGCCCAGUACCUCAACAUGCCAUUGUCCUCUUCUCAAACCUCCACCCCCGGCGAAGAAGACACGCCAAAGGCAUCCUCGUCUGCAACCCCAGUCCCAGUCACUACGGGUAUUAGAGCACCGAAUUGUCCCUCGGCGGGUUUCCCCGUCCGGCCUACGCUCGUCGAACAGCUCGUUCGCGCCCUGAUGCACAUGGUUCAGUUCGCUGUCGCCUAUUUCAUCAUGUUGCUGGCCAUGUAUUUCAAUGGGUACAUCAUUAUUUGUAUCUUUAUCGGGGCGUUCUUGGGCUCGUUCAUUUUUAGUUGGGAGCCGUUGCAGUUGGGGAAGGAAAAUGAUGCCACGAGUGUGACGAAAUGCUGUGGAUGAUAGAUAGACCAAGACUCUUGUACUAGGACUUAUGAUAUGGCAGGGAGUUUGGGUGUGGUUAUGUUUUCUUGUACUUAGUUUGCAUAGCUCCGCGGAUGGUAUAUAUUGAUGUUAAAAUAAU